AUGAGCACUCCCGGAUCCAACUCCAUCCCGACCUUCAUACUGAAGUUAUGGAAGCUUGUCAACGACAAGUCCACUGACAAGUUGAUCAAGUGGAGUCGAAACAACACCAGCUUUACCAUCAAGGAUCAAGCCAGCUUUGCUAAAGAAGUAUUGCCGCUUUACUUCAAGCACAACAACAUGGCGUCUUUCAUUCGUCAACUCAAUAUGUAUGGAUUUCGCAAGGUUUCGAACAUUGACAGUGGCGGAUUGAAGUUUGAGGGAGAUGAAAUUGAGUUUUAUCAUCAGCAUUUUAAUCGCGACAAGGAAGAUGAGUUGCCUUUGAUCAAACGAAAGUAUCACAAUAUUUUGUCAGACGUUGAGUCAAUGAAGGAUCGCCAAGAAUCGGUUGACUCAUUGUUGAGCAGCAUGAAACGAGAAAACGAAGCCCUGUGGCGUGAAGUGGCAAUACUCAGACAAAAGCACCUGAAGCAGCAGCAAAUCGUGGAAAAGUUGCUGCAUUUCCUAGUCAACAUUGUGCGAAAUCAAGUUGUUACUACCACUGGCAUUAAGCGAAAGGCUCCACUGAUGAUUGACUCCAGUGACAAUCGAAAGAUUCUAAAGCCCAAUGCUUUGGACAGUGUCGGAAAUGCCUCCUCUCCUGGCCCGAUCAUUAGCGACAUUACCGACCUGGAAGAAGGCGAUUUGUCACUGCUGGACUUUGAAUUGAUGAAAGGCAAUGAUUCGGAAAAUGGAAAUGCUCUUCGGAACGACGUCACUAACGUUUUGCCAGGGGAUUUUCAAGGGGAUUUUCAAGGAGAUUUGCAGGGAGAAAUCCAGUCUGAAGUGUUGUCGAACGAAGUGUCUGACGUUUUGCAGAACGAAGUUCCAGCUUCAACCGAAGUACAAGGCGAUUUUCUUCCCAUUGAAAUACAGGGCGAUUCUACUGAACAGCUUUUAAACGACCAGGACUCGGUACUAAACACUCCCGUCAUUUCAGCUGACCAAGGCAUUGUGGCUAGCCCCAACACCAACCAAUCGAUUGUUCCCAUCAACUUUGCCCCAAUGGACCCUUCUAUCAACUCAAAUGAAAACUUUCUGAAUGCUGGCUUUGACGCAGGAAGUCCUAGUACCAGUACUGAGUUGAUUGUGCCUAACCAGCCCACAUUAGCCCAACUGAGUCCAGAGUACAGUCUUAAGACAUUUGACAAUCACCUGGAGGGGAUUGAUGACGAACUCCACUGGCUGUACGAGCAGAUUAACAACAGCGACAUCAAACUGGACCCUGGCAUCUUUGGAGUGGAUAACUGA